GUUUGACCAGCUUGAUAGAUCUUAUUCCGAAAGUAUCCCUCCCCAAGGUGGAUAUUAAUUCUUCCAUGGCAUUGCACUCGGGAUAGAAAAUAUUAUAUCUCAAAAAUUUGACAAUGUGAACGUCGAAUAUCACCUAUGCCGCCCCACUGAAGGUAUACUCCGGAAUGGUCCAUCAAACUUGUCGGUGGUCUCCGAUGCAUGAAGAGCGGAGAUACAAAAACCCUAUAGGUCUACAUAUAAGGGACAAAAAAAAAAGGAAAGAUAUAUUUCCCUACGACUUUUAUUCUCCUACCAUUGCCUCCGCUCUCUCUCCUGUACUUUUUUUUCCCCUUCUCCCUUGAUGGACUUGAGAUUGAGUGACCAAUUGGGCAGAACCAAAGACCGACUUAGCCUUUAUCAACAGCAGCUUCGUUCAGUACCCGAGUCUUCCAUAGCUGUCAGCAACUUGAUCACUAUAAAAGAACCAGCGCCAAUGUCUCGCGACCCUAUUACCUGCCAUGUCUUGAAUACUCUGUCGGGUACCCCGGCGGCCAAUCUACCCGUGACGCUGACCCUCUUGUCAGCUCCUUCGAGCAGUCAAAGUCCCAUCAGCUUCAGAGCAACUACCGACGCAGAUGGACGAGUCAAGAACUGGACGCCUGUGACGACUGCCUCCCCUCCCGUUCCUGCUAUACUCUCUUCCCUCCCGGCGGCGGACAGCAAAACGCACUGGUCAGUACGGUUCGAAGUUGGACCCUGGUAUGAAGCGCAAGGGGUUGAGAGUUUCUGGCCGGAGGUGGAGGUGAAAUUCACGGUGAAGGGGCGUGGACAGGAAGGCGAGGAGGGGUGGCGGCAUUAUCAUGUGCCAGUACUUCUAGGACCCUGGAAUUACUCAACCUAUCGCGGAUCGUGAGGCUAUCGAUAAAGCGCCUGAGGGAUCUUAUCACUGUUUGAUUACUGUGGAGGUAUGGGCUGCCG